AUGCGGAUACAUUGGAUAUCCAAUCAUGCUAUGAAAUGGAUUCUAGUAAGUAAAUCUGUACACAAUAAUUCAUCAUUCCCGCUGAUCGCCGGGACAAGCGACAAAAAUGGAUUGGCCGGAAGGAUGGCGGAGGCGCAUGUGGCGAAUAUCACGGAAACCACCGAAGAUUUCGAUAUUGAGGAUGACUUCGAUGAUUUACAGAAUGAUGAUGAUGAUAAUGAUGACGGUAGUGAAAAGAGUAGUCAUGCUCAUCUAGACCAACUUUACCUCCCCAACCCCUCGUAUACUUCCAACAGUGCCGCAGUGCCUCUGCCCUCGUCAAGCAUUUAUAGGACCUCUUCAUCACCUUCCUAUCGUCUUCCGGUUCUGACGGCGGUUGAUCAAUCUUCACACACUGUCAUAGCAUCCAUUUUACAUCCGCCUACCCUCAGAGUCGGUACAGGACGUGUUCUUCCUACCAAGUUCAAUCCUCCCUAUCCUGACGACACACCGCAAUCCCUUUUUCCACCUGGUGUCAGGGUCGACAGCGUUCCACAGGUUCAUCGCUUCAUUCGCCGAAACAAUCCUCGCCAGCUCCUCCUUUACACCAAGGGUACCUGUUUGAAUAACGGCGAAGCUCAGCCCAGAGGAGGCUGUGGUGUUGUCUACAGAUCUGCUGUGGACCUUCCUGAAGGCAAAAUGAAUCACUUCAAGAUUCCCCUCGAGAUCAAAGGGCCCAGCGGCCGGAAGAAUCCCCACACCAGUGAUCGAGCUGAAUUACGGGCCGUAAUUGCAGCCUGCCGCUUCCGCUGCUGGACGGGGGAAGGGUUCAACAAACUGGUGAUCGCGACUGAUUCCGAAUAUGUGGUGGAAGGGGCGACAUGUUGGGUCCAGGGAUGGAUUCAGAGGGGCUGGAAGACGCGAACAGGGAACCCUGUUAAUAACCGGGACCUGUGGGAGUGUCUGCUGGGUGAGCUGGAGCGGUGGUAUGAUCAUGGUAUGGAGAUCCAGUUCUGGCAGAUUCCCAGAGAAUGCAAUACCGAUGCAGCUCGCCUUGCCGAACAGGCCGCGUUGGAGACCCCAGCCAGAAUGUUUGGCGAUGUUUCCGGAUACAUGGUUUAG